AUGCAUGUUGGCAUAAUUGGUGCAGGCAUUUCAGGCCUUUAUACAGCUUUGCUGUUACGCCGAGAAGGUCACAAAGUGACAAUCUUCGAGGCAGCUGAUCGUGUUGGCGGUCGCAUCUACACUCAUCGAUUUACACCGCAAGCCAAAUCCGAGGAUAUUUACUUUGAAGCGGGCGCCAUGCGCAUCCCCCGCUCCUCUUUGCAUUCAAAGGUGUUUGACUUUGUUCGUUAUCUCAACACACAUGGUUUCGCUGGAGAUAAGAUUGAACUUAUUCCAUAUAUUCUCGAUCAUGAGAACAACAGAUCUUUCUUCCAGAACCAGAAGGCCUAUUGCAACAAGACCCCUCAACAACUUCUUGGAAGUGUUGUCCUACCCUGGCUAUCUAUACUUCGCAAAGACUUUGAUGCUGGAUUUGAGAAAUUGCUCAGAUACGAUGAAUACUCGUUCCGAGCCUAUCUUCGCCUGGUUGUCGGAUGGCCUCACGAGGUCAUAGAGUUUGUUGAGCUUUUCUGCUCUCAAACUAAUCAAUAUGAUCUAAGCUUUACAGAGAUCAUAAUGCAGAACUUGGACUUUGAUACCAAAGAUUGGGCAACUGUGCGAGACGGCAUGUCUCGCAUCACUCAAUGUGCUGCUUCAUUGGUUGGCUCAAAGAAUAUUCGCCUAAACUCGCGAGUAGACCGUAUUAUCAACCUAGAUAAUGGAAAGGUUCAGCUGUCGGCACAGGGCCUUCAUCAGACUUACACUGCUACUUUUGACAAAGUAGUUGUUGCCACACCGCCAUCUGCUCUUCACAGUAUUGUGGACCGCCCUAGAUGGUCUUUCAUGAAAGAACAGUCCAUUCGAGGGGCGCACUAUGAGCCUCUGUACAAAAUUGGCCUGCACUUUCGAACUCGCUUCUGGGAGCGUUCCAGUGCUAACCCGUGUUUUGGUGGCCAGAGCACUACUGAUUUGCGCUUCCGCUGGAUUGUUUAUCCAUCCAACGAUCUUGGCAGCAACGGCUCUGGCGUUUUGUUGCUGUACAGCUGGAUGAGCGAUGCUGCCAAGUGGACUGGGUUGUCACGCCCAGAAAGGAUAAAGAUUUGCUUGCAUGAUCUUAGUAAAUAUUUCGCUGAUGAGGUUGAAAUCGAUGUAUACGAGCAAUUCAUCGAGGCUUUUGACAUUACAUGGUCGGCCGAAUCAUGCGGUGGAGAUGCCAUGUUCCUCCCAGGCCAAUUCUCACGCUUCUUUGAAGUAGCGAAGAAGCCAGAGGGUAAUAUUCACUUCGCUGGAGAACAUCUAUCAAAGCAUCACACAUGGAUUGCAGGGGCUAUAGAUUCCGCGUUGCAUACAACUGCCGAACUUCUAGGCCGUCAGAUCAAGCCCGAGAGUGUUGGCUCAGAUGUUGACACUAGCACCCCGCUAUUAGCUCUUGGUCGUGAAUUCUUAACUCUAGACGACCAACGACGUGCUCAGAAGACAGAUAUAAGCUCUCGUAGAUUUAAGGCUUGUGUAAUUCCGAAACACAUGAAUGUGCAGUAUAUGGAGGUCUUUUAA